UGCGCGUCACGAGGAGGGGCGGUUGGGCCGGCAGGAGGCGGAGCGUUUCAGUCAGUCGCGCUGUCCGCGGUAGGUGAGGGAAGGAGGAGGAGGCGGAAGCAGCAGUGGCAGUGCAAGCCUAUGCGGGCGGUUAUGUUUCAGGCACCGGUUCGGCUGUGCGCAACGUUCCGCCAGCGGGAUCUCCUGCAACUCAUGUCCGGCUCCUCGCCCGCUUUCCGGCGCCGGACUCCCCCGCACCGGAAAACCCAUUCGGCGGCGGGCGCCUGUGGGAUUAACACACACGUGGGAGCGGCCCCGGGAGCGGCCGGGGGAGCGGCGGGGACCGGAGGAGUAACGGUCGGCGCGGCGGCGGCUGCAUGUUCUAUGGGAACCAGUACCAACAGGUUAUAUAGUGCUCUGGCUCCAACUAUAACCGAUAACAGAAUACCACAGCCACAGGAGUAUGGUGUCGAGAGAGACUUGGAACCAGUUGAUCCAACGGACCCCGAUGAUCUCCUUAAAGAAUGUCAGAAGGUCCUUGAAAACCGUCCACCCAGACUCCAGCGGGAUUUUUUGUAUCUAAAGAAAAGUAAUCUUGCCAGUGACUCUCGUCCAAUUAAGGUCCUGCAAUGGAACAUAUUAGCACAAGCUCUUGGAGAAUGGAAGGACAAUUUUAUUAAGUGUCCAAGGGAAGCUUUGAAUUGGUCAGAGCGUAAAUACCUUAUCCUGGAGGAAAUUCUGACGUACCAUCCAGAUAUCUUGUGUCUGCAAGAAGUGGACCAUUACUUUGAUACCUUCCAGCCAAUUCUCAGUGGGCUAGGCUAUCAUUCAACCUUCUUUCCUAAACCAUCGUCUCCUUGCUUGGAUGUCGAACAUAAUAAUGGGCCAGAUGGAUGUGCUUUGUUCUUUCUACGGGAGAGGUUUGAAUUGAUUGAUAGUGCCACAAUUAGACUAGCAGCCAGGAUGUUGCAGACCAAUCAAGUGGCUAUUGUCCAAACCCUCCGGUGUAUUGAAACCAGCAGGGUGUUUUGUGUUGCUGUAACACACCUGAAGGCCUGUAGUGGUUGGGAGCGGUUCCGUUCAUCACAAGGCUGCGAUCUGCUUCAGAAUCUAGAAAGCAUCACUGAUGGUGCUGGUAUUCCCCUUAUUGUGUGUGGAGACUUCAAUGCAGAACCGACUGAAGAUGUUUACAAACAGUUUACUAAGUCCAGUCUAAAUCUGAAUAGUGCCUACAAGCUACUCAGCAAUGAUGGACAAUCAGAACCUCCCUUCACGACAUGGAAAAUACGACCCUCAGGCGAAAGCUGCCACACGUUGGAUUACAUUUGGUAUUCCCAGCAUGCAUUUUGUGUGAAUAGAUUGCUGAAUUUGCCCACAGAGGAACAGAUUGGCCCUAACCGCUUGCCAUCUUUCCACUACCCUUCAGAUCAUUUGUCGCUUGUUUGUGAAUUUAGCUUUCUAGAUCAACUUGAUGAAUGUUGACUCAUUUCAAUCUCUUGUUAAAAGUGAAAUUAAAAUUUAGCCAAUACAUUGGACUGAAUCUCCCCUUCUCCACCCUACCCCUCUCUUGGACCAAUGAUACCAUCAUAUGGAUAUUUUGGAGACAAGGUGUUCCCUCAGAAAAUGCUACACUAUGCUUAUGUCUCAUGUGUAAUGAGUUUUUUGCCAACCCUGAUUGAAAUGUCAGUAAAUAUUUAAGGAAAGUUCCUUCAAAGCAUUUGCACAUGCUUCUUGGAAGCGGUUUAGUUAAUUUGUCUCUAAUCAAUCCAGAGAGUGGUUUGCGUUGCAUUUUAUUUAUGAAAUAAACAAAUGGAUAGUCUCAUGAAGUUCUGAUUUUGCAUGUCAAGUUAUUAUAGUUAACCUGUAUUUAAUCCCUUGGGCUGCAACUGACCAAAGGGGAAAGGAAGACCCAAUAUACUAACCAUUCUGCAACUUGUUGGGCUAAGUGUAAAUGCACAAAUGCUUCCAGAACCACAGAAUUAUCCAAGUAUGAACAAUUGUCAAACAAAAUUAUUAGAUUGCAGUUAAUAGGAUUGUUGGAAAGUACCACUUUGAGGAGUUGGUAAUUUUUUAAAAAAGCUAUAACCAAAUGUGCAAUUUGUUGUAAAUGUGUCUUUUUUAAUUCAGGUUUUGUUCUCAAGGUGAAGGAUGGUGGUGCUUGAGAAUUUUUUCUUUGAUGGGAUGUGAGCAUCAAUAAUUGUUCCCGUCCCUAAUUGCCCUUGAGUAGGUGAUGAGCUGCUGCUGAAGUUCAUCUGGUGCAGGUACAUCCACAGUGCUGUUAGGAAAGAAGUUUCAGGAUUUUGAUCCAGGAACCCAAUUUCCACUAUAGCACAGGCAGAUAAAGCCCUUGAUUUUGCUUAGUGGCAGAAGACCACCACUGACUGUACCCAGCUAUUUCCCAUUUAUCUGUGGUCUGGUUGAGUUUUGUGCUGAAAUUCAUUCACAUUCAUUUUACAUAAGACCCUUAUAAUCAGCAGCUAGGGGACACCUUCAUUUAGCCGGAAGGGCUGGAUUUGAAUCCAGGUUUGAGAUGAAAGGCCACCAUCAACUCAAUGUGCCACACCAUUGCCAUCCUUUAAUCCUAUUCUCUCAACUUUCCAGCACAUCUUUUUAAAUGCUACAGUAAUCCCAUUAUUGUAACCUUUUGAGGAAAACUUUUCAAUAUUGUUCAACUGCAAUUAAUAGGGUUGAGCAAAUAUAAUUUUGACCCUGAAGGUACUAACCAUUCUAAUUUGUGCAGUUUAAGUAACUUCUCAAAAACAAAACAAAUGUGUAUUUAUAGUGCUGUGAUUAAAAGCUAUUUGGGCUCAAAAUGUUACAAAAGUCAGUUAUUAACAGAAACCAUUUAUAUGUGGCAUCAUAUUAUCUUCCAAUAAAAUGAAUAGAUCCUUGAGUUGAAAUAGUGGAUAUGGGAUGUCAAUCAUUUGCUACUACUGGCAGCAGUAAUUGUUGGGCUGAUGCACUGCAUUGGAAAUACUUGAAACAUUUGGGAGUAACUUUUUUCCCCAGAUUUUGUUCAGUCUUAACUUUUGAAAUCCAUUCAUAUGAAAUGAUCACCACCACCAUUGCAGUUUGAAUAGUUGAAGAUUUUUCUAAGGUUUAUUUUUCUCACGUUCCAGCUGCAAUUGAAGAUAAAAGCUGGUGUCUUAAGCACAAAGAAAACUUCAAAAGUCCUAGAAUCAGCUGCUUUUUUAAAAAAAAACUCACGGUGCUAUUCUGAAUUGAUCCAAUGUAAUAAAUUUUCCAAACAUUUUAAAUGAACAGAUUUCUGAAAAAUGUGUUGUGAAUUUAAGUUGUAUAUAAUCAUUAGCCUGGUAUUUACUUCUAUGACUUUAAUAUAGCGUUCCAAGUUAUUUUAUCUUUUAUCCUGACUCUGGAUGGAUCCCAUAAUCCAUUUUGAAUUGUAGUGCCCUGGGUAUUAAGCCCCAUAUGAAAAUCUGCCAUACUACUAAGCUAAAUUCCAAAAGCAGUUAUAAUUUAUUUCUGCAACUUAAAAUGCAGCUAUUUAUUGCUUUGAUUUAUAUAGUGUACCAAAUAUUUAUGGAGAGGAAUAUGUUAAGUAUGAAUAUCCAUUUGAGUUUAGGAAUUCCAGUUUUAGAUUCCUAGUUAACUUACUGUACAUUGAAAGCAGCUGUUAUUUCUGUUGUGUUGACCCAUGUUCAUUCAAUAAUAAGAGCUGUUAAGAACUAGAGCUGGUGGCUUUGAAAAAAGGCUUGUAAUUAAAUUGUUAUAAAAUAAAUCAGAACUCCACUAUUAA